AUGAGCUACUUACUGGUACAAUUGGGUGUAAACGGUCUUGAGUUUCAAGCUCGCUCUUCGCUAGAAGGCAUCGCACAAAGCCCUGAAGAAGCAACAGAGCAUGUACUCAUAUUGCAUACAUCUGAUACGGUCUCGCCUACAGCGGAUUGCAGCGCUAGAGCCUUUAUGAAGCUAGGGAUUGGCAAUGCAGAAGACACCACUGACAUCUCACGCAAGCUGGCCAACUAUGACGCCCCGUCCGUGCAUGCACUCCCGAGCGAAAUUCAUGGAAGAGGCUCAAAUUCUUGA